AUGUCAAACGAGGGCAUGGACGAGAAUGUCUCGUUUCCAGGCUUUCUUUCAGCAGAUGGCGUUCUCGACUACGGUCUCAACCUCACCAACGCGGCCUAUCAAGCUCAAGUAUCCCGCGACGCGGAGGAGACAGCUCGGACCCAGGCGCUCAUGCAAGAGCAGGCACAGAACUCAUACUCCUCCAUGAUAUCAACAAAUACCGUGAUCAACAGUGCCUUGCAUCGCUCUCCGGUGUACAGACCAGGAUCGGAUGGGCAAAAUGGAGGAAGUUUUCGCCAGGAGACCAGCAGUGCUCAAAACCAGCAGUCUGCCAAUCCAUAUCCUGGACCUUCUCCAUAUCAACAAAACAGUGCUCGCCGAGUGAACAACCGAUCUGGGCCAUUUGGUUCGUCUUCCCAAUACAAUUCGCCUGCUCAGGCGCCCCAGGCUGCGUACCGCCAGUCACUUUCGGAUACGGCUUCUUUUGGGUCCCAUCGGAGGCAUACUGGAACUACAAUAGAUCUUUCUGAGGCUGGCCAAGGGCUUUAUAGGAUCAGUGAAUCCACAGGGGCUUUGCGUCCUGUACAAGGAGCUGUCUCAACAAUGGCACGGGCCCCACGAAUGUCACAAGUGCAAUAUGGAAACUCCUCAGCUAUCCCAAAUCAGCAAUAUCAGCGGUCACCAGCCCAACUACCCACGGCGCAACAAGGGUCUGAACCGAUGGCUCAAGUCCAAAUAGCACACAAUCCGGCUGCACACUUUCAGGAAACACAAGCUUCGCAUAGGCACAUUACGAAUCCGACUCAUAAUGCCCAGGGUCAUUCUAAUUCCAUUGCUAUGCAAGGAAUCCGGCAAAUGGCCCCCGUCCAAUGGUCACGCACGCCCGAAGCAAGAACACAAGCAUCGCAGAGCCCGUAUCAAAGUCGACCUGCCCGGGCACAAAGUACACAGCAGCUGAUGCUUCCCACUCCGGCACAGAGAAAUCGGUCUGCGACGUGGCUUGAGAUCAGACCCGAACAAGUGGGCCAGAGUCAAACAUGGCAGACCCCACAUCGAAGCCAUUCUACCGGCCUGCCCUCAAAUCCCCAGCAGCUAUCUCAAUCUACCGCAGAGCAAGGAAGCCGACCGAUGCCCCGCGCGCAAAGUGCACAUACAUCGGUAGCGAAGACCGGAGAAUCGCAGCCCCUUUAUCAGAGCCACUCGGCGACUCCAACUAAGACAGGACAAAUAUCAUCUCAUCCACAUACGGCACCGAGCUCUCGCACCUUGAUAGAUGCUGGGUCUAACGCCCAUUUGGCCUCGAUCGAAGGAUGUGAACAUUCUGUAGUACGUAGCGCGCUCAGUUCCCGCCAGCCGACCACCCCAGCCAAAAGUACGCAUGAGAUUCCGAUGUCAAACUCAACGGCCAAUUCCGCCAGUUCGGAGCGAACAUUCUCUGACUUCCCUGUUACUGUCUCUACGCCUGCUACUUUGACCCCGCCUGCACAGAAGACUGUCGUACAACAUCAGCUUGGACAAUGCUGGCCCAUGGGGAAUGAAGUGCCUCAGGGAAAAUCAACGCCCGAACCAUCAUACCGGGCACCAACGCAGACAAGCCAGCAACCCCCAAUUUCCCAACCUGAUAAGGAGAGUAUGCCAGCAGCAUCGUCAACCUCUGCUUCAAAUCCUCCCCAUGCGGCUUCCAUCUCUCUGCAUGCCACAGGACAAACGAGGGAAUUGGAAGUAUCUUCUGGCCAAGGGCAAACCAAUUCGGGAAAUCCACAGUCGCGGACUUAUCCACUGCCGAGCCCACUACACCAUGAGACGAAGCGGGGUGCUCCAGACCAAGGUCAUGCGGGAAGCUCUAUGCCACCGGCAAAGAUACGACGCAUGUAUAAUAGUCUAGGCCAGCCAGUGACCUUUUCAUCCGCUGGUUCAACCCGGAUGCCAGAUUGCUCGACGGUGGUGUCCCGACCUCACGAGGCACCUUCUUAUGGGAUUCGACGCGGCACUGGUAAACUCCUCAAGAAUCGCGACGACCUGGUCCAGCCAAUAAGACCGAACGAUGCGUUGCCCAAGAAAUCGUACAAUCCCGCUACGAUCGCGCGGGAUGUCCUGAUUGCUGCUGGAAGGCAUCCGACGGAAAAGCCUUUAAACCAUCAUCUGGGAGCAUUACGCCGGAAUUUCACCCGAAUUCCUCUCAAUGCAGACCUGUCGACAUUCCGCUGGGACGUUGUGGAUGGCGCGCGAGAAUCCCAAAAAUCUACUCCCAUGCCUCUGGCUCCUGCUGCUCUGGCACAUCCCCCGCCAAUCUCUCAAUCACUUCCUCAGACACUCCCUCAGACAUUUCCUCAGACACUUCCUCAGACACUUCCUCAGACACUUCCUCAGACACUUCCUCAGACACUUCCUCAGACACUCCCUCAGACACUCCCUCAGACACUCCCUCAGACACUCCCUCAGACACUCCCUCAAUCGCUCCCUCAAUCACUUCCAGCUCAACCAUUCCCACGUGAUCACCAGGACACACAAAAUCCCGUGACCACACGUGCUCCGUCGCAGCACGUGGCGUCGCGUGACACACCGCCCAGCCGCCCAGCUCCAUCGCCAAUGAGGAUCGACGCGCGCGCCCCUUCUGGCGGGUCGAGCGCCCCGAGUACUUCGCCCUCAAAACGUUCACCCCACCACGCUUCUCCCUCCAAUCUGCCGUCUGGGCUUCCUAAAGUUGACUCUCCCCCCGCAUCGCCUAAAUUAUCACCUCGUCCACCGGAACCCCUGCCUUCCUCCCCACCGCCGCAACUCAAACCGCGUCGACGAUCAGCUGCGAAUUGUGCAGCUCCAACCGAUCUCGUGCGUCCGGACAUUGAAGUUCCUUCCAAAUCAACGACAAAGCCACAACCCCAAGCAAAGACGACCAAGGGUCGGUCAGGCUCUGGCAAGGGUGGAAAAUCGCCAGACACCAAGGGUCUUCCUGUGCCACAAGUGGUUAUACCACUGUCAGCAGCUAAGAUGCCCUCGAAGAGACAGAGACAGCCAGGACGAUCUCAGAAAAGCGCAGAGAAGGACACUGAGGCCGCUAGCCAUUCCGUGCCCCCCGUGCAUUAUCAAAUCUAUCCAUGCAGAUGGGAGAAAUGUACUGCAGAACUCCAUAACAUCAACUCUGUCCGAACCCAUGUUAUAAAGGUUCAUAUUCCACACUCUCUUGUGUGCAAAUGGGCAGACUGUGGCAACAAGACACCGAUGGCUGCAGCCGAUAUGUUUACGCACAUGGCGACGGAGCAUAUUACGAGAAUGGCUUGGCAGCUUGGGGAUGGGCCAACGGUGCCAGUACCUGGUGAGAACAUAACUAGCUCGGCGCAUCAUGCUUCUCCAAGGGGCUGA